AUGGCCACGGCAUUCAAAAUGACGGUUGACACCAAUAGGAGAACCAGCGACCAGAGGACCGAGAACCCGUCGGCGUCAUAUGAACCGUCCUCAGCGGUCCUAACAAGGUUCGACAGCGCUGACUUAGCGUUUAAUGAGGAUGACGCCAACGGGGUUCACUUCCCCCACAAUGACGCCUUGGUGGUAGAAGCCAUAAUUGGAAAUCACACCGUAUGCCAAAUCCUGGUGGACAAUGGGAGCUCAGUAGACCUCCUAUACUCCGACUGCCUAGAAAAUAUGGGUAUCCCGAAGGAGCAAUUGGAAAAAACCUCCAGGCCACUGUACGAUUUCACUGGGGACUCCGUCAUCCCUCAGGGGACAAUCCGGCUGCCUAUAACUGCCGGGGAGAAAUCUCGACAAGCCAUUAUAAUGGCCAAUUUUGUGGUGAUAAAGGGAUGCUCCAAAUACAAUGUCAUCAUUGGGAGGCCGACCCUUCAGGCGUUGAGGACAAUAACCUCCAUCUACCACCAGAAGGUCAAAUUCCAUACCCCAAACAGUGUAGGUGAAAUAAAGAGCAACCAGUACGAGGCUAGGGUUGCGUAUUCUGAUGCCUUGCGCGGAUAUGAUCAGCCAGGGAGGCAGGAGGCCAGAAUGGUCUAUCAAGGCGCCAGUGAGGACAUAGACCCCAGGGUUCAAGAAGAGGCCACAUGGGUGGAAGUCGAGAGCUUCCUCAAGAAGAACCUGGAUGCCUUCGCCUGGAAUCAUGCGGAUAUGGAAGGGAUCAACCCAGAAGUCAUAUGCCAUUCUUUGAAUAUUGACCCCUCAUAUCCCCCUAAACGCCAGAAGCACCGACCAAUGAACCUGGAGAGGUACGAGGCAUUGAAAGAAGAGGUCAAUAAGUUAAUCAACAACGGUUUCAUUAGGGAGGCCUAUUACCCACGAUGGGUCUCAAACCCCAUUUUGGUGGUCAAACCUAACGGAACAUGGAGAACAUGCAUCGACUUCAGUGACCUCAACAAAGCCUGCCCAAAGGAUGGUUUCCCGCUCCCUCGAAUAGACCAAAUGGUCGACGCCACUGUAGGGCAUGAGAUGCUGAGUUUUAUGGAUGCCUACUCCGGAUACAACCAGAUCCCUAUGCAUCCAACCGACAAGGAGCACACAUCCUUCAUAACCGAUAGAGGCUUCUACUGUUGA